CUAAACUCAAGAAACGGUGACAGAAUCAUAAUGAGACAUUGGGGUUCAGUCACAAUAAUAAACGAGAGAUAUAAUACAGCAUCAGUAUGUCAUCACUAUCUGAAAUUCAGCGUAUGACAUGCACAGACACCGACAGGAGGCAUUCAGAAGCUGUGGAGGCCCUGAUAUCCAUGAACAUCGACUGGGAGUCCGGGAAUGUCCAGAAGAGGAAAUUUCGGCCCUUGACCCCUUCCUCUGAUGCUUGUGAGGAUUCAGUGUGUUCAGUCGCUGCUGAUUUCCACCAGUCGUCCUUUGGGAGUGAGACAGAGGCCGUGUCGUGCAUGACUCCCCCGUACAGUCCAGACUGUGACCAACACCAGGGGUCAGGGGUCACCAGAUCUCAAGCCAUCAGUGUGAUCCGCCACACGAGUCAAAGCGCCAGUGACUCGGCAGUAAACCUCCAGCCUCUCAGAUCUGAUCCCCCAUCAGCCCCUGCUGCAAUGGUGUCCGAUUCUCCUUCUGGAAGCAUGCCAUCAGUUUCAGUCUUCCAGACGCUUCCACUCUCUCAAUCUUUUGCAAACGUUUGUCAAGCGUCUGUGGUUUUUGUGGGCGGUCUGAUGGCCAAAGGUUCAGUCGUGGUCAUUCUGCCCCCUAAACAAACACCAUCAUGUGGUUUGAAGUUUCCCGCCAUCGCUCCCGCUCCUGUCCACAACUCAUCCACAAACAGACCCACAUCUGAAUCCGCUCCGGCACGGACUCGCGACUACGUCUGCACUCACCCGCACUGUGGGAAAACAUACUUCAAAAGCUCCCACCUGAAGGCACACCUGAGGACACACACAGGUGAGAAGCCGUUCAGGUGCUGCUGGGACGGCUGCUUGAAGCGUUUCGCCAGAUCUGAUGAACUUUCACGUCAUCGGCGCACACACACGGGAGAGAAGCGCUUCGCCUGCCCCGUAUGCCACAGUCGCUUUGUGCGCAGCGAUCACCUGGCAAAACACACACGCCGCCAUCUAACAGCCAAGAGAGCGCCAGUGUGGCAGCAGGAGGUGUGCCAUCUUAACAACAUCACCAGUCUCGGUCGAACCCUGCAGCCUCUGGCUCCCAAGACUGAGAGCUGACAGACCCACACAAGGAGACGUCCUUGUGCAUAUUUUUUUUUAAAUAGUUUA